AUGCCCUCCCCCGCUCUCGUUGAGGACUUGUGCCGAGCUUUGGCCCGUGUCACCACCCCCAGCGAGCUCCUUCUCGAAAUUCUCCAGGAUGAGAAGAAAGCCCGGACCUUGUACAAUAUGGUCCAGCACCGGUACAAGUUCCUCACCACCGGGCGCUCUGACGACGACGAGGAUGGUGAAAUGACCGUCUUCGACAAGGUUCUGAUCGACCUUUGGCACCAGGAGCACCAGCUUGAGAAUAUUGGGCUCCUUGAGUUUUUCAUCGAGGAGUUCUUGAUGGCCAAGUCGGUCAAUACCUACCCCGAGAAGAAGACCCUCGUCUUUGCCCAGCUGCACGGCCAAGAGCUUAUUGAUGCAGCUUUCUCCAACCCUGAGCACCUCGAAUUCACCCUCGAGGAGAUUGAGACCAUCGUCAAGGAAGGCGAUGCUCGCCAGGAGUCCGCCCUGGGCAAACUCAUCCGAGUUUACCAGGAAGCCAAAGCGGACUUCUACUUCAGCGAUGCGGACAAGUCGGGCAUUUCCAACAAAUGCAACGACAAGUUCAACAAUGUCCGCUUCCUCCGCGACACCGCCGAGAACCUUCUGCGCCACAUGAAGGCUCACGGCCACGAGUCCCACCCGCUGAUGCCCGAGGUGGAUAAGAUGAUCGCCGUCAGCGGCAGGCACGCCGAGCAUCUCUCCGGCGGUCGCAAGCGUGUCUUCGAGCUUCCCGAGGAUGCCGACACUCGCCCUGUCGGGCCUCGCUGGAAGUACCAGCGUCGCGAGCACCGCAACGAGCGAUUCAUCGAUCGCUAUCGUCCCGGCCGUGGCAGCCACGGCGACCGUUAUGAGCCGGAGGACCGAUACGACCGUCGUGAUCGGUAUGACCGCGACGACCGCGAUGACCGCCGCCACGAGCACGACGAUGACCGUUCCGACACCUCCAACAAGGCCCGGGCUGGGCGGUCUCGUUGCCACUAA